UUGACAUUCUGUGUUCGGAGUAGAAAACUAGAAAAUUCAAUUCACCAAACUAAGAUAAAACCUAAAUUAAAGCAAUGAAUACGUUUAAUACCGAAUUUUUUAGGGGAUACAGUGUGUGUUGUUAACGUUAAUUUUAUUAUAAGUGCUUCGUUUACCAUUCUUGGACAGCCACACCAUAUAAAGGAAAAUAUGUCUGAGGACGCGGAGCAACAGGCGGAGGAGGUGGAAGUGCUGAAGUCCAUCUACGAGGGCGACGACAACUUCAAGCAAGUCAACCCCACCACAUACCAGUAUAAGUAUGUUGAUGGUGAGAAGUCCUUUAUAUUAGAAAUAUCAUGGGGAGACACGUACCCCACAGAGAAGCCCAACUUCAAUCUGGACAUCUUUUAUAAUCAACAUUUAUUACCAGCAGUGAAGGAGAAGAUCCUGUCGAUAGUGAGCGAGGAGGCGGAGCAGUGGCUGGGCUGCGCGAUGACGUACACGCUGUUCGAGUGCCUGAAGGAGCGCGCGGCCGAGAUCCUCGCCGCCCAGACCGAGGAGGCCGUGGUCGCUCGCGUCGAGAAGAUCACCAUCGAGGACCAGGAGCCGGAGGCGCGCGUGGAGCGCAAGGAGCAGCUGACGAAGGCGCAGAAGCGGCGCGCCUGGGACCGCGCGGAGAUGGGCCGCGCCGGCGAGCGCGCGCGCGGCUGGGACUGGGUCGACAUCGUCAAGCAUCUCUCGCAGGUCCCGCACCAGCCCACCGCGUGACACCGCCACUUCGGUAACGCUCUCAACGGAACUGUCCAUUUCUCAUACCUAUUAUAAACGGCAGAAAACUGCCGACGGUCAGUUAAGUGUUGCUUUUUGUACAUGGCCGGUGACGUAUAGUAUUUCUUUAUUAAAAAUCUGGUAUUUUCAAAUUUAAGGCCUCUAAGGGUAGAUCCGUUGAACUGAUCACGAAACUGUGCACACCUUUUAGAGAAGAUUUUUAAAAAUUUAAACGACCGCAUUUUGAUGUAUUCGUUCGGUGUCCUGAAUUCUUUAUGAAAAAGUAGCUUUAUGAAAUAUUCUGCCUCUUAUAAGUAUGUAUAAAACUUUCAAAAUUAAAUAUUGUAAAGCGACUUUAAAAAUUUACAAUAUAUGCCAAUUUAAAAAUUAAAUCUAGAUCUGAUCUGUAUCCGUUUACAAGUGUUUGCUUCUAAAAGUGUUUGGGAGCUGCCUAACCGUAUGCUGUUGAUGCUGUUCAGCUUUUCUAGUAUUUUCUACUGGAUUUUUUGUAUAUUUUGUAUGAAAGAGCUCCUUUACUGAACUUACUUGAUGUAAAAUAAAAAUAAUUAAUGCAUAAUGUAUAUGAAAUAUAAUUAUUAUUAGA